AUGACUACUUCUCUGAUCUACUUAAUCCCCAAGAUUUCCUCGCCCAAGGGGUUCUCAGAUUUCCUUUCGAUAAGCCUCUGUAACUGCGUCUAUAAGAUUCUUUCCAAGAUCAUUGCUGCUAGACUGAGUAAGAUUCUUCCGUCCAUCAUCUCCCCAGAGCAAGGGGCCUUCAUCCAAGGUAGAGCGAUCUUGGAAAAUAUCGCUUUAGCUCAGGAGCUUUUCAGAGAGAUUAACAAAAAGGUGAGGGGAGGGAACAUCGUUUUAAAGCUCGAUAUGGAGAAAGCUUAUGACAGGGUGGAGUGGGGUUUCUUUAAAUCUACCCGCGGUCUCAGGCAAGGUGACCCAUUGUCCCUGGGUCUCUUCAUUAUCUUGGCGGAGGUACUGAGCAGGGGGCUGAAAAGGUUGGUCGAGUGGGGUUUUUGCCAACCUUUCAAGCUAAUGAGAGGAUGCCCCUUACUCUCCCACCUUUUGUAUGUGGACGAUACUCUGCUCUUCCUGAAUGGUGGUUUGUCAUCCCUUAUAAACUCCAAAGCUUUUCUAGUCGCAUAUCAGGCAGCUUCGGGCCAACUUAUCAACCAUCACAAGAGUAGCUUUUUCAGCUCCAACAAAAUUUCUUCCUCCAAAAACUGGUCCAUUGAGAGGCUGCUCGGAAUCAGUAAAUCUUCCUCCACUCUUUCCUAUCUAGGUGUGCCCAUCGCAGCUAGGAGGCUGAUUUUGAGUGACUUCCAGCCUUUAAUUGAUAAGGUGGAUAAUCGUUUCAGGUGGUGGCAGUCGAGGUUCCUUUCUCAGGCGGGCAGAGUAGUUUUGUUUAAGGACAUUCUCGCUUCGAUCCCGGUGCAUACCUUAGCUGCAGUUCACCUGUCGGCUCAGGUUUUGUCGAUGCUAGAGAAAUGUUUUGCCAACUUUUACCGGGGCUGGGAUGCCGGGAAAAAGAAGCUUCAUUGGAAGAGUUCGAAGGUCAUUUCUUGCCCGCACGAUGAGGAAGGGCUGGGUAUCAUGAAGCUGGCUGAGGGGCCGGAUGCCCCUUUCUGGCCUCAUUCCCCGUCUGGAGCCUUCUCUGUCAGCUCUGCCUGGAGCGUUAGCAGGUCCAGUGAGCCUCGUCGGAGUUGGGCCAGGUGCAUCUGGCAUGGGAGUAUACCUCCUCAGAUGUCUAAUUUUCUGUGGAGGCCAUUGAACAAUGCCAUCCCAGUGGAUAGUGCGAUCCAGGCCCGCGGUAUCCCCCUCGCAUCAAAGUGUGUUUGUUGUCAGGCCACCCCUGCACAGAGGUAUGUAGUUGAGACUCUUCCCCAUCUUUUGCUGGAGAGCGAGUUGGCAGUGCGAGCCUGGAAUUUCCUUGGUUCCUGCUUCGGCAUCAAUGUCAUGCCGGCCUCCUCCCUUGAAGCCAGGGUGGCCCAAUGGUGUGGUGCUCAUCCGAACUCUUCCUCCUCACCGCUGAUGCACAGGAUAGCUCUGGGUGUGCUGAUGUGGGUGAUCUCUAAGGCUAGAAAUGCUGCUCGUUUUAACAACAAGCCGAUUUCCAUAUCUGCCAUUUCUGCUUAUCUUUCCUGGUGGAUCUUUGCCAUUUCUGGCACAUCCUUCUCUCCUUUGGGGAUUGCUGUCGGUCUGAGUUCCCCUCACCAUUCAGGUGGAGGCGUUUGCAGAGAUGAAAACGACACUUUCAUGUUUGCCUUUGUGUUUGGCUAUGAGGAGGGGUCGAACACGUAUGCGGAGCUUCAUGCAGUUUUGGACGGAAUUUCUGGGUGUAUCUCCAAGGGGUUCCCUAAUGUGGAGGUGAAGUCAGACUCGCAGUUGGUGAUUGGCAUGUUAUCUAGCCAGAGAUUUCUCCAAUGGACUGACAGAGCUAGCAGAAAGUAUAGAGUUCCCCCCCUCUCUGGCCUCGCCCUCAGUAUCAUCGUUUUGGAAAUCUGGAUCAACAGAAACUCUGCUCGCUUUGAAGACCGCUCGAUGCCCGCCUCCCGCAUUAUCUCCUCCAACGUCUCUCGCUGGCUGAAGGGACGUGGAUUGCCUGCGGAUGUUGCCGGUAUCAAGCUGACUGCCGGACAGUACUGCUCUGUUAACCCCCUAUGA